CUCCGCCCGCCGCCCUCGGCCACGCGCCACCGAUGUGGAAGCGCCUCCUGGAGACGACCAAGAAGGUGGCCGCCGCCGCGCCCGAGCUCGCAACCCGGAAGCGCCCCUCCACCAGCCGCGGCGCCGCCGUUUCCCCGGCCACCGCGGUCUCCCCCGCCUCCCUCCUCCGACUCAAGCAGGCCGCCGCUUCCAAGAAGACCAUAUUUCCCUCCUCCCUCCCCCACGCCGUCGCCAACGAUGGGGAGGAGGAGGAGGACAACUCCCGUGAUUUCACCAAGGAGAUCCUGUCCGUAUUGAACGGUCCUGAUGAAGCGGAAGAGUCGGGGGUCACGGAGGCGCUGCCGGAGGAGUCCGAAGACAAUGUCGACGCCAUCGGCAACAAGAUACUGGACAUGGAGUGGUUUGCAGGGUCGCAACCGAGUAACGCGAUGAUGCACUUGCGGAAGGAGGUGGCGAGGGAGAAGAAGAAGCGCUACAUCUUCAAGAACACGGAAAGCCGCCGCUUCACGAGGCUGAUGCGGAUGUGCGCCGACAAGCUUGGCAUGGAGUCUGCGCUCGAGUUCUUCGGGAGGCUGGGGAGGGAUACCGGUCCCAAGGAGUUCAAUGCAUUGGCUAGGGUUUGCUUGGAAAAGGCAAGGGCCUGCGGGGAAAUUGACUCAGCAGUGGAACAUAUUUUUCGGGCAUAUCGGCUUUUCGAGAUGAUGAAAGAUAGGGGGUUUCAGAUCGAGGAAGACAGUUACGGGCCAUUUCUCUUGUACCUGAUGGAUGUGGAGAUGUUGGAGGAAUUUGAGAUGUUCAGCGCAUUUUUUAGGGAUGCGAAUCCACGGUCCUGCUCCAGGAUACCUUAUUACGAGAUGUUGCUUUUGAUUCGAGCUCAAGAUGAAGAAAGCAUUCGAGAACUUUGUCGCUCUGUUGAAGACUGCAGUGAGGAAGCUGAUUAUUGCAUAGCAGAAUGCUAUAUGCUGGCCUUUGCUGAAAGCAACAGAAAGAUGGAUUUUGUCACGUUCUUGAAAUUACUUGACCCAACAAAAGUUUUAGGGUCGAAGUACGUAUCCAGUAUAUUCAAGUAUAUGGGUAGGCUCGAACUGGAGACCCAUGCUGAGAAACUUCUUCAGAAGAUGACAUCAAAAGAAUACUCCGAUGUAAAAGUUUCAUCCUUAAUUUUUGACUAUGCUGCAAAUAUUCCGAGUUUAGAGGCUGAAGAUGUUAUAUCAGCGUUUAAUAAAUGGCGAGAGAAGUUUAAGAUAACACCUUCUGCGGAUGCAUAUGACAGGAUCAUCUCUUUUUGCUGCAGCUCAUCGAAGACCAGCUUAGCUCUUGAUGUGGCUGAGUGCCUUUGUAAAUCCAAUCCCAGUGUGCCGAUUGAAUUGCUUAAUCCAAUAAUACAUGCCUGUGAGCAAGGCUACGAGCUCCACAUGGCUCGUCCCUUAUAUAAUCUGAUGAGUCUCUACAAGUUGAAAUUGAAACCCGAAACUUUCAGGAGCAUGAUAAGUUUAUGUGUAAAAAUGAAAGAUUUUGAAGGUGCUUACACUAUACUCACAGAUGCAGAAGAAUCUGGAGAGACAUCCACCGUAAGCCUGUAUAAUGUUAUUAUGGCAGGAUAUUUUAGAGAGGUGAAUUCCUGUUUGCCAGUCCUUCAUUUUGUUUACCUCAAUGAUGUUUUUAUGUCUGGAUAUUUUAGAGAGAAAAAUCACAAUAGAGCACAAAUGGUCAUGUCGCAAAUGCGGAUUGCUGGAGUAAAACCAGACUCUGAAACAUUCAGUUAUUUGAUCUCAAACUGUGAUUGUGAAGAGAAAAUAUCAAAGUACCUCGAUGAACUAAGGCGAGAUGGAGUUCAAAUGACCAAGCAUGCAUAUAUGGCACUAAUUAAUGCAUAUUCAAGACUUGGGAAUUUUGACAUGGCCAAACAGGUUGCCCUGGAUAAGGAAAUACCACCUAAGUGUCUCAGUGAAGUAAGAAGCGCACUUGUAGGAGCGCUUGCAUCGAAUGGGAAGCUAUCAGAUGGACUUGAAUUGUUUGACGAAAUCAAGCAAUCCGGAGGCUACCUUGAACCAAAGGCCGCAAUAGCCCUGAUUGAGCAUACUCAAGCAGAAGACCAGCUAGAUAGACUGUAUCAACUUCUGGAGGAGGUGAGCGAGCCAGGCAUGUGGUUUGAUGGGUGCGGCAGAGUGCUUCAAUACUGUGUUCAGCACAAUCACUCCGAUGCCGCUGUUGAUUUACUUAAGCAACUGAAGGAGACAAAUGAAAUGAGUACGUACAUGAUUGUUGAUCAGGCCUUCUGCCAAAUAUGGGAAAUGGAGCCUGUAAAUUUGGAUAUUGGAAUGGUGCUUCUCCGUGCUGUCAAAGAGCUUGGUCUUCAUGUUUCUCGGACAAGCCUUGAUUUUCUUCUCAGCGCGUGUGUAAAGGCAAAGGAUUCACAACGUGCCCAGCAGAUCUGGGAGGAGUAUGAAUCCUCUGGCCUUCCACACAACGUGCUGUCUUCCUUGAGGAUGUACCAGGCUCUUCUUUCGUCUGGCCAGAGGUUGGCAGCUAAGAAGGUGUACAAAACAAUACCCAAGGACGAUCUUCAUGUGCGCUGCAUACUAGAUUCUUGCAAAAACACAUAUAACAGCAAGCGCGGUAAACGUUCUGCUGCCAUUAAGCCCAGUUCAGGAAAACAAGAGGUAUAAGGGAUGCAUCACUCUGCCACUUCCGUUACAAUGAAAUACUGGAAGCAAUGGAGCCCCAAUUGCUCCCUUCAUUAUCCACUAUCAUUCUUUUACUGGUAAAACCGUCUACCGUUUCUUCUAAUCAUUUGGCUGGUCACUAACGAACCUGGUAGAAACACGGAUCAUUACAUUUACAUUUAGAGAAACUUCAUGAGACUGGGUUAAAAGGCCAAACAGACAAAAGACUGGCCACCCACAUAAUAGACUUUUCUGAGCAUGUCC